CUCUCUCUCUCUCUCCGUUUCCCUCUUCCCAGUCUAACAGCCUAACCAAAAGGGAAGGUAGAGAGGCUUCUUCGACUUUUGCUGUCCUUGUAAUCGAAGAUCUCGACCUUUCAAGCAUCCCAAUCCCUUUCUCGUGUCAAAGAUCAGAGCUUCGCUCACUGUCUUCGAACACUUGAUUGAUUGGGAAACAGCUUCUGCAUCUCUCAUUCUUCAGGUUCGGUUGGGUGUUCGAGUUAGCGGAUUGGAGGGGCAGCAGCGUCGAUGGCAGGAAACGAAUGGAUCAAUGGGUACCUGGAGGCGAUACUGGACAGCGGCGGGGCUGUCGCGGAUGACCAGAAGGUGUCGUCGCCGGUGAGCGUGAGGGACGGCGGCGACCAUUUCAAUCCGACCAAGUACUUCGUGGAGGAGGUCGUCACCGGCGUCGACGAGACCGACCUCCACCGGACGUGGAUCAAGGUGGUGGCGACGCGAAACUCCCGGGAGAGGAGCACCAGGCUCGAGAACAUGUGCUGGCGCAUCUGGCACCUCACUCGGAAGAAGAAGCAGUUGGAGUGGGAGAAUGUUCAAAGAACAGCCAACCGGCGAUGGGAGCGGGAGCAAGGACGAAGAGAUGCCACUGAGGACAUGUCAGAAGAACUAUCAGAAGGCGAAAAGGGUGACACAGUGGGUGAAUUGACGCAAGGUGAAACACCUAGGAAAAAGUUACAGAGGAACUUCUCUGAUAUCCAGUCCUGGUCUGAUGAUGAGAAAGAGAGAAAGCUCUAUAUUGUGCUCAUCAGUUUGCAUGGCUUGGUUCGUGGAGAAAACAUGGAACUAGGAAGGGACUCAGACACAGGUGGUCAGGUGAAGUACGUGGUGGAGCUUGCUCGAGCACUCUCUAUGAUGCCAGGGGUCUAUAGGGUUGACCUUUUCACUCGUCAGAUAACAUCCCCUGAAGUGGACUGGAGCUAUGGGGAGCCAACAGAGAUGCUAACCUCAGGCUCCUACGAUGCAGAGGGGAAUGAUGUUGGGGAGAGUACCGGAGCUUAUGUCAUUCGUGUACCUUGUGGUCCGAGGGAUACAUAUCUGCGCAAAGAACUGCUUUGGCCCUACCUACAAGAGUUUGUAGAUGGAGCUUUAGCUCACAUUCUCAAUAUGUCUAAGGUGUUGGGGGAACAGAUUGGUGGGGGACAUCCUGUUUGGCCGUAUGUGAUUCAUGGCCAUUAUGCUGAUGCUGGAGAUGUCGCUGCUCUUCUUUCGGGUGCCUUGAAUGUUCCCAUGGUUCUUACGGGCCAUUCACUGGGGAGGAACAAACUAGAACAACUUCUUAAGCAAGGUCGACAAUCUAAGCAGGAUAUCGAUGCGACAUACAAGAUAAUGAGGCGCAUAGAAGCUGAGGAGCUCUCCUUGGAUGCAGCUGAGCUUGUUAUAACAAGCACAAGGCAAGAGAUUGAUGAGCAGUGGGGACUCUAUGAUGGCUUUGAUGUCAAACUCGAGAGAGUGCUGAGAGCUCGCGCUCGACGGGGGGUCAACUGCCACGGCCGCUACAUGCCAAGGAUGGUGGUCAUCCCUCCUGGGAUGGAUUUCAGUAGUGUAUCAAUUCAAGAAGACACAGCUGAUGCUGAUGGAGAUUUAAAAGAUCUUAUUGGUGCAGAUGGGGCUUCACCUAGGGCAGUUCCACCGAUAUGGUCUGAGGUUAUGCGUUUCUUCACAAAUCCUCACAAACCUAUGAUUUUGGCUCUAUCAAGACCUGACCCUAAGAAGAACAUCACUACCCUUGUGAAAGCCUUUGGAGAAUGCCGUCCGUUGAGAGAGCUUGCAAAUCUUACAUUAAUCAUGGGGAACAGAGACGACAUAGACGAGAUGUCUACCGGCAAUGCUAGUGUGCUCACAACAGUGUUAAAACUAAUUGACAAGUAUGAUCUGUAUGGACUUGUGGCUUACCCAAAGCAUCACAAGCAGUCUGAUGUUCCAGAUAUCUACAGGCUUGGUGCGAAAACAAAGGGAGUGUUCAUAAAUCCAGCUCUUGUCGAGCCAUUCGGUCUUACCUUAAUUGAGGCAGCUGCUCAUGGACUGCCGAUGGUGGCCACAAAAAAUGGAGGUCCUGUCGAUAUUCAUAGGGCAUUGAAUAACGGGUUGCUUGUGGAUCCACAUGAUCAGCAAGCCAUUGCUGAUGCGCUGCUAAAACUAGUUGCAGAGAAGAACCUGUGGCAUGACUGCAGGAAAAAUGGGUGGCGGAACAUUCAUCUCUUUUCGUGGCCCGAGCACUGCAGGACAUACCUUUCUAGAGUAGCGGCAUGCAGGAUGAGACAUCCACAAUGGAAGACCGACACUCCAACAGACGAGGCGCUCGUGGAAGAGGAGUCAUUUGGAGACUCCAUAUGGGAUGUACACGAGUCAUCUCUUAGGCUUUCCAUGGAUGGCGAGAGAAGCUCCCUCGGUGGUUCCCUCGAGUAUGACCCGGCCGAGGUUGGGAAAGUUGCAGGAGAGGGUGACCCGGAGAUGCAAGAUCAAGUGAAGAGAAUUUUGAGCAAGAUAAAUCGACAGGCACCGAAACCACAGGGUGGUAUCAGUAACAGCAACAACCAAAAUGAGGUCUCAGGACCUACCAUUAACAAGUAUCCUCUUCUCCGAAGGCGUAGGCGACUGUUUGUGAUAGCUGCUGAUUGUUACGAUAGCAACGGAGGUCCUGACAGGAAAAUGUUGCAGCUGAUACAGGAAGUCUUCAAGGCUAUCAGAUCGGAUUCUCAGAUGUCCAAGAUUUCUGGUUUUGCUCUCUCAACUGCUAUGUCCAUCUCGCAGGUUCUAAGCCUAUUAAAGUCGGGGAAGAUCCCAGCCACAGAUUUUGAUGCUCUGAUCUGUAGCAGCGGCAGCGAAGUGUAUUAUCCCGGCACAGCUCAGUGCAUGGAUGCAGAAGGAAAGCUAUGUGCAGAUCCUGAUUACGCCACGCACAUCGAAUACCGCUGGGGAUAUGAUGGUGUGAAGCGGACUUUAGUGAAGUUAAUGACCUCUCAAAAUGCUCAAGAUAACAAGAAGUCCACUAGCAUCAUAGAGGAAGACGUCCAAUCCAGCAAUCCUCAUUGUGUCUCUUUCGUGGUCAAGGAUUCGGCCGAGGCAAGGCCGGUCGAUGAUCUUCGUCAGAAGCUUAGAAUGCGUGGACUUCGAUGCCAUCUUAUGUACUGCAGAAGCUCCACAAGGUUGCAGGUUGUCCCUCUGCUAGCAUCCCGAUCUCAAGCACUGAGGUACUUAUUUGUCCGCUGGGGUCUAAAUGUGGGGAACAUGUACGUGAUCGUCGGAGAAAGAGGUGAUACGGAUUAUGAGGAGCUCGUAUCGGGAUACCACAAGACGGUGAUCAUGAAAGGGAUGGUGGAGAAAGGCUCGGAAGAGCUACUGAGAACCGCAGGGAGCUACCACAAGGAAGACACGGUUCCAGGGCAUAGCCCCCUUGUGGUCUUCGCCAACAAAGGCAUCGCGGCGGAGGAGAUCAUGAGGGCACUGAAAGAAGCUUCAAAAGCUGCAUCUGGAAUGUGAUCAGUGAUCGAGUAUUAUUUCCUCGGAGGUUUUUAUCAUCAUCAUCUUCUUUCGUGCUUUCUGUUUCCUUUUUUUUUUUUUUUAAUGCCUCGUAAUCGGAUGCUUUGGGGGCAUUACAGACUACGAUCAUCAUCAACUCCUGAUGAGAGAUGUUAUAUGAUCAACUCCUUUAUAGCUGAACUUAGAUGUCGGAUUGAUCUUAGAA